AUGAGUAAGGUCAAGAAGUAUCCGGCCCCAGACACACCAAAAGUGCGAAUAAUCGUGCUGGAGACGGACGAGGCUCACCCCGACACACACGCGGAGAAGGGCAGUUUUGGAGAGGUUCUGCACAGUCACUUCCAGCAUGCAGGCGCCGAACACGUACCCGCACUGGGUGUUGAUACGGACAUGAGAUUCGUGGUAGAAGACAAGGGAGGCAAGGUCCCGCAAUUCGAGGAGUUUGACGAUUACCAAGGGGUCUUGAUCACGGGGAGCAUGUACGACGCUCAUGCCGAUAACCCGUGGAUUCUGAAGCUCACUUCUUUGAUGAAGGAACUGUGGGAGCGCCGGCCAGAUCUGCAUCUCAGCGGCGUGUGCUUCGGCCAUCAGCUGCUAUGCCGAAUGCUGGGAGCCGACGUCACCCCUGCCCCAACCCAGGACUGGGAGCUCGGCCAUUCAAGGAUUGACCUCUCUUCCGUGGGGCAUCAGCUGUUCCGAACAGAUGACAGCAGCGUCCACCUGCACCAGAUGCAUUAG